AUGGAAGGGAAACGUGACUCAUUUUUUCUACCCAACAAGAAACAUAAGCAAGAUCAUAAAAACAAAGAUUUCAAAAAACAAGAGAGACAAAACAAGUUUGACAAACAACGAAAUGGAGUCCAAAAUGCUGAGGGGGGAAAAGAAAUGAAAGAAAAGAAGCCAUUUGACAAGAAAACAUACAGACUAAAGAAAUACAGCAAGAAAUAUAAAUUGGAGCAAUGGGAAGAACAACGGAAGAAAAAAUUGAUUCAUGAAUAUCAGAAAAAUAUUAAAACUGAAUCAGUGUCAGGCACUUACAAGCCUAAAUCUUUUGAUGAAGACAUAACUGAUUCUAUUGAUGAAGUUGGCAGAUUCGUUAAGCAUCCUGAUUUGUUAGAAAAAGAGCUCAAAGAAAAGCCUCAAAAGUCUAAAGAUCCAUUCCUAAAAGCUAAGGAACAGUACAAUAAAGUGAAACAAGAAAAAUUUGCAAAGCAAGAAGCUAUGAAAAAGGCUAAAGAGGAAAGGAACCAAAAGUUGCAAGAGUAUAAAAAGAAAAAACAUGAGAAAUUCAAAAAAUUAAGUAAAAAGACAAAGAAAGGCCAGCCUGUGAUGACAGGGAGAUUGGAGUUGUUGUUGGAAAAGAUACAAUCUUCAAAAUAA